GGAAGUAGACGUGGAGUUUCGGGUUGUGUCGCGGCUCGGCUGGAAACAUUGACGUUUCUGUCAAAGCAUUUCUCGGGUUUAAAAUCAUGUUUUAUUGUAACGGUUUAGGAAUAAGAAGUAGAAAGUAAGCGCAUGAAUAUCAUUUUAAAGAAUGUUAAGAGCUGUAACACUAGGGCUGGUGUUUAACUAGCUAUACAAAAACACCUCGAGCUGUCAUUCAUUGGUCAGAUGUGUGGUGUGUCGUGUAGUUAAAAGUUACAGAACAACAUGAAAGAAGAGUCGUGUAAACAAAUAAUAUAUGCAAAAGCAUGAAUAGCUGGAUAAUAUUAACAGUAGGAUUCUUGCAGUGAUAAACAGAGCUCAUUUUAUCGCAGUCUAAGUUGACAGGGAAGCGUUAAGCCCUGUCAGUUGGUCACAGGUUCAUAAGUCUAACUGAGUUUCCAGAAUGUCUCCAGUUCCUGUCCUUCCCCUCAUCAUCAACUGCUGCAUGUCUGCGCUCGGCUGCUUUGCAACACUCAAGCUCAUUCCUGCCUUCAAGGAGCAUUUUAUAUCUGCCAGACUCUAUGGCAAGGACCUGAACAAAACCACAAAGAAUGAAAUACCAGAAUCUCAAGGUGUGAUCAGCGGCACGGUUUUCCUCAUCAUCCUUUUCCUCUUCAUCCCUGUGCCUUUCCUCAGCUGCUUUGUGGGAGAGGAGUGUCAGCGUUUCCCUCAUAAUGAGUUUGUGGAGCUGAUCGGUGCGCUUUUAGCCAUCUGCUGCAUGAUCUUCCUUGGUUUUGCUGAUGACGUGCUCAACCUGAGAUGGAGACACAAGCUGCUGCUGCCCACUAUGGCCUCACUGCCUCUCCUAAUGGUCUAUUUCACCAACUUUGGCAACACCGUCAUAGUGGUUCCCAAACCUUUCCGAGUCCUGCUGGGGAUGCACCUCGAUCUGGGUAUCUUGUAUUAUGUAUAUAUGGGAAUGCUGGCUGUGUUCUGCACGAAUGCCAUCAACAUCCUAGCCGGGAUCAACGGCAUCGAGUCCGGACAGGCCCUCUUCAUCUCCGGCUCAAUCAUCAUCUUUAAUGUACUUGAGCUCAACGGAGACUACAGAGAUGACCACAUUUUUUCUUUGUACUUUAUGAUCCCGUUCUUCUUCACCACACUGGCUCUUUUCUACCACAACUGUUACCCAUCAUCAGUGUUUGUAGGGGACACUUUCUGUUAUUUCGCUGGAAUGACAUUCGCUGUGGUUGGGAUCCUCGGCCAUUUCAGCAAAACCAUGCUGCUCUUCUUCAUCCCUCAAGUCAUAAACUUUAUCUACUCUUUACCUCAGCUGUUCCAUAUAGUUCCGUGUCCUAGACAUCGUCUUCCCAGAUUACAGCAGGACAGCGGAAAGCUCGGGAUGAGCUAUUCAAAGUUUAAAAAGAAGGACCUGGGCAAAUUAGGACAACUUAUUCUAAAGGUGGCAGAAGCCUUAUGGCUACUGGAUGUGCGCAGGGGUCAGGAGAAAGAUGACGAGUUUAUCGAGUGCAAUAACAUGACUCUGAUAAAUUUAGUGCUGAAGAUACUCGGGCCCACACAUGAGAGGAACCUCACAGCCAUUAUGUUGUUAAUACAGGUUUUUGGGAGCGUAAUUGCUUUUGGAAUUCGGUAUCAUUUGGUUCGGCUUUUCUACGACGUCUAACAGUAAGCCGGCGGAAUGUGUAAGAUCAAGAACCCACUUCCACUUACUUCAUUAAAAAGAAAAGAAUAAAAAUAAAAUAACAGUUAUGAUUGAUUAAAAGUCUGCUCAUAUUUACCACACACACAGGGAUCUUUUUACAAUACUGUACCACUCAACUACUGUUUUUAAUAUGUCAAAUCCUGGAGGUUUACUGGCCCAUUUUAUGAUAGAUUAUAGGGAAUCUGUCCUGGUUUUGAUGUUAUAUAAUGAAAUCAAU